GCGUUCGCAUUACGUAAUUGAAGGUAGCGCAGAGGUGUUAAGCAGACACGUAACCUGCACUUACGACAGUUCAUCUUAAAACGAGAAGCAUGAAGCAUAGCUUCGCGGGUCUGUUCUUCGCUCUGUGCGUGCUGUGUGUCGUGAAGCAGACGGAAUGCUACAGGAUACUAGCCCUCGUGGCCUCGCCGUCCUACAGCCAUCAGAUUCCGUAUCGGCGAUUAUGGUUGAAAUUGCACGAACGCGGUCACGAAGUCGUGCUAGUCACCACGCACCCAAUACCGGGCAUCAAAUCUCCGAAUUUCACUCAGAUAGACAUUAGCCAGAGCUUGAGUCCUGUAAGGGAAAUCGACUUCGUGAAGAUGAGGUUCGAUGGGAUAACAUGGUUCAACUCUCUGGAGAUUCGGUUCUUCGACAUGUGCGCGGACUUCGCCAGAAACGUGUUCGAAGACCCGCAGAUGAAGAAACUCUACGCUCCAGACAGCAAUGCCAAGUUCGACGUUUUCCUGACGGAGUUCCUCUACAUGCCGUCCCUAUAUGCAUUUGCGCACAGAUAUAACAUUCCCAUGAUAGCUCUGAGUUCGUUAGGGACGGCGGCCAUUAAUGAACACGUCUUUAGAGGAGUGGUGUUCCCUUCUCACGAGAGCACGUGGGAAAUGGAAGCGAGCACGGGCCCGAAUUUACCGUUCACCAAAAGGUUGUCCAAUUUCCUAAUCAUGUGGCGAAUGAUGUACAUCUUCCAUCGCGAUGUAUUCCCGACUCAUCAGAGAAUAGCAGAGAGUUACCUUGGCCCUUUACCAUCGAUGCUGGAUAUCAUGAAGAACGUUAGCGCAUUUUUCAUCGAUCAAUCUGACAUUUUGACACCGGCCAGACCAAAACUCGCCAACGUGGUCACGUUCACUUCCUUUCACAUAUCCGAAAACCCGGAUCCUCUGCCGAAGGAUUUACAGGAGUUCAUCGACGAUGCAGACGCGGGAUUCAUCUACUUCAGUUUGGGUAGCAAUGUAAAAAGCGCAGAUUUGCCGACGGAACUUCGACGAAUGUUCUGCGACGUGUUCUCCAAGUUACCGUACAGAGUCGUGUGGAAAUUCGAAACGGACCUAGAAGAAAAACCAGCCAACGUUUAUAGCAGCAAAUGGUUCAGUCAGCAAACCAUCCUCGCUCAUCCGAAGAUUAAACUGUUCAUCACGCAAGGUGGUCUGCAAAGUACCGAGGAGACCAUUCAUUUUGGAGUGCCAGUUAUUGUUUUCCCAGUAAUAGGUGAUCAAGAUUAUCAAGCAAGCAGGGUGGACGCUCUUGGCUUUGGGAAACGUCUGGAAAUCACUACUGUCACGAGAGACGAAUUCGAAAGUGCUAUUCAAGAGGUGAUAACUAAUAAGGAAUACAAGGAGAGGAUAAUUAGAAUUCGGAGUCUCAUUAGAGACACACCGUACGAUCUCGUGGAAAAUUUGAUAUGGUGGACUGAAUACAUAGUCCGAUCAGACGGUGCCCCUCAUCUUCGUUCCAGUCUGGCCACGCAACCUUGGUACCGAUAUUGCGACAUGGAUAUUGUGGUGUUCCUGACUACCGUCACUUCCUUCGUCAUUUUAACCGCAAUUAGCCUAAUUGUCAGGAUUAUCGCGUCCCUUCGCAAGAGUUGGCCACCCACUGUUCAUCAGAAGCAGAAGAUAAGCUAACAGGGCGCGGAAUGUGCGCACACAGUUGUACCUAGGAGCACCAAAUGUAAAAUAUA